AUGAACAACCUCCGGAACCAACAUCCUCAAGCCCUUCUCAGUAAAAGGGGUCGCCUUACCCAUCAUGCGCGAGGCGCGCUGCCGAUCAUGCGGGUGAUACCUCCCGCCCAACCUCCGAAGGUUACUCAACCCACGGAAAACCAACAUUAA